ACAGUUCCAAUACAAAAAUUCCGAUAUAAAAAAUUUCCCGUUCACCAUUUCUGUUACGGAAGCAGAAGCGACUACCCUAAGCCCAGAUAGACUCUCAUUCAUCACACACGCGAAAGGCCACUCUUCCUGUUAUUUCCAACAAUGGCUGAUGGUCAUGAAUCAGACAAGAACAUUGAGAUAUGGAAGAUCAAGAAAUUGAUCAAAGCAUUGGAGUCUGCUAGAGGAAAUGGUACCAGUAUGAUUUCUCUGAUUAUGCCUCCACGUGAUCAAAUAUCUCGUGUAACUAAGAUGUUGGGAGAUGAAUUUGGAACUGCUUCAAAUAUCAAAAGCAGGGUGAACCGGCAGUCAGUGUUGGCUGCCAUUACUUCUGCUCAACAGAGGUUGAAACUGUAUAACAAGGUUCCUCCAAAUGGUUUGGUUCUUUAUACUGGCACUACUGUCACUGAAGAUGGCAAGGAAAAAAAGGUGACAAUUGAUUUUGAACCUUUCAAGCCUAUCAAUGCAUCACUUUACCUCUGUGAUAACAAGUUUCACACAGAAGCUCUAAAUGAACUUUUAGAGAGUGAUGACAAGUUUGGUUUUAUUAUUAUGGAUGGUAAUGGCACCCUUUUUGGGACUUUAAGUGGAAAUACUCGGGAAGUGCUUCAUAAAUUUACUGUUGAUCUACCGAAGAAACAUGGCAGAGGAGGUCAGUCAGCUUUGCGUUUUGCUCGUCUUCGAAUGGAAAAGCGGCACAAUUAUGUUAGGAAGACUGCAGAACUUGCUACCCAGUUUUUCAUCAAUCCUGCUACUAGUCAGCCUAAUGUUUCAGGACUUAUACUUGCUGGUUCAGCUGACUUCAAAACUGAGCUGAGUCAGUCAGAUAUGUUUGAUCCUCGUCUCCAAGCAAAAAUAUUAAAUGUGGUUGAUGUUUCCUAUGGUGGGGAAAAUGGCUUUAAUCAAGCUAUUGAGUUAUCCGCAGAACUGUUAUCUAAUGUAAAGUUCAUACAAGAGAAACGCUUGAUAGGAAAAUAUUUUGAAGAAAUCAGCCAGGACACUGGGAAAUACGUCUUUGGGGUUGAUGACACAUUGAAGGCUCUGGAGAUGGGUGCUGUCGAAACACUAAUUGUGUGGGAAAAUUUGGAUGUUAAUAGAUAUGUACUGAAAAAUAGCACUACUGGUGAGAUUGUCAUAAAACACUUGAAUAAGGAACAAGAGGCUAAUCAAAGUAACUUCAGAGAUUUAGCCACCUCUGCAGAGUUAGAGGUUCAGGAAAAGAUGUCCUUGCUUGAGUGGUUUGCCAAUGAGUACAAACGAUUUGGAUGCUCGCUGGAAUUUGUGACCAACAAAUCUCAAGAAGGAUCUCAAUUUUGCAGAGGGUUUGGUGGUAUUGGGGGUAUCCUUCGCUACCAGCUUGACAUCAGAUCAUUUGACGAGUUAUCCGACGAUGGAGAAGUGUAUGCAGAUUCUGAUUAAGCAUGUUAUACUGUGGAGCUUUCCGCCGGUUUUGGGUAAUUGAAUGGAGCUGCAAACUCCAUGACAAAAAUUUCCUAGACAGUACCUGGAUUUUGUGGUAUUAGGACUUGUUCCCGUGUUAUUACAUUCUUCGUGCAUGUAUUAUAAACUUCCCUUUGUUAAAUAUUGUAUCCUUAUGACAACUCUACCAGAUUUUGAGGUGACUCCCCAAGGAAGGGUAGGCAAGCAAUCAGUUUACCUUGGGAAGUCAUUCUUUAAUUCAAUGAUAUCAAUGCUUCAAUGUCUUAUCUUACCUCAAGGUUGGUGGCAUUUACAUUUUGUUUAGUUAGUUCAUUGAGUGGAGGCAAUCCUGCUUGUAUUACUGUCUGUUUUUCUCUCUUGUACUUCAUUGUGGUGCUGCAUGCGAUAAUUUGUUUUAA